GAGAGCAGCGCAGAGAAGUGUGCGAGCGCGGACUGAGCCGGGGAAGUUUCGAUGACCUUUUGAAUGCGAUAUAGCGCGCUGCUUCCACAGAGACACGUUCCGCGGGACUGCGAUGAGCUCCACUAGAGACAUGAAGGCGGGAUCCGCGUUGCAGUCCAGCGGAGAGGAGCGCAGGCGAGCGCCCCUGGAUCAGCUCCCACCGCCGGCCAACUCCAACAAGCCCCUCACCCCGUUCAGCAUCGAGGACAUUCUGAACAAACCGUCCAUCAAGAAGUCCGUCUCGGCCACGCUCUGCGCGCCCAGGGCUCUGGAGAAAGUGGCCGCAUCGGGGGCCACCAGGAACGGUAUAAACACCCCGUCGUCCCCGCUGUGCGCCCUGGAGGAACUGGCCAGCAAAACGUUCAAAGGUCUGGAAGUGAGCGUCAUUCAGGCUGCAGAAGGUCGCGAGCACCUGAGCGCUUUCGGUCAGAGACAGGCCUCGAAAAAGAGACGGAAGUCCCGCACCGCUUUCACAAACCAUCAGAUCUACGAACUGGAGAAGCGCUUUUUGUACCAGAAGUACUUGUCCCCCGCAGACAGGGACCAGAUAGCGCAGCAGCUGGGUCUGACCAAUGCCCAGGUCAUCACCUGGUUCCAGAACAGACGGGCUAAGCUCAAGAGAGACUUGGAGGAGAUGAAAGCUGACGUGGAGUCGCUGAAGAAGAUUCCACCGCAGGCUCUCCAGAAGCUCGUGAGCAUGGAUGAGGCCGACGAGCCGCAGGGCAGCUCAGGGGCAAUAUCCCCAAGCAUCUCUCCGUCCUCCCAAGGACAUGGAGUGUUCCCCCAGUCCCCUUUCUCAUCCAGAGACCAAACCACCGACGAGUUCUCAGAGGAGGAUGAAGAAAUCGAAGUAGAUGAUUGAAAGCAGGCCUGGGUUGUACAUGGGGGGCACUUUCCAAACUGCAUGGACAGGGACUAUUUUGGGAAGUUACUGUUAAAUGGAUGGACAUUUGAUUUGACACUUUUAUUUAUAUAAAGGAUUGUAAAAAGAUAAGAAUGACACAGCUCCAAGUUAACACCUCCGAGAUGCUCCUGUAUCAGCUUCUGCCAGCUAAGUGAGGAAUGAUAAUGGAAAUUACUUUUUUAGAGUACCAA